AUGGCCAAAGACAAGAAGAAGAACGCCGAUACCAAAAAGGCCAAAAAGGCUGAGAAGGCGGCCAAGCAGGCCAAUAAAGGAGAGAAGAAGGCCAAGAGUAAAGCGGCCAAGGUCGACGGGAGUGAUGCCGAGGAUGUUGAUCUUGAUGAGGUGCUAGAGGAGUAUCGUCGACAACAGGAACAGUUCCUCAAGAUCACCGAGACUGUGAUUGAUGCGCCACCAAGAGCAAGAGCUGCCUCUACGUUGAUGGCGUCACCUCAUGAUAGUAACUCUCUGCUGUUGUUCGGUGGUGAAUACUUCAACGGCUCCGUCGCUCAUUUCUUUAACGACUUGAAUAUCUAUAACAUCAACCGCGAUGAAUGGCGGUGCGUCUCAUCGCCCAACGCUCCUUUACCUCGAUCUGGCCAUGCUUGGACCAGAGCUGGAAACCCGAACCACGUCUACCUCUUCGGUGGAGAGUUCUCCUCGCCCAAACAAGGGACUUUUCACCAUUACUCGGACUUCUGGAGAUUGGAGCCAGCAGCCAGGGAAUGGACCAAGAUCGAGACCAAGGGCAAGGACAAGAGCCCUUCUGCGCGGAGUGGCCAUCGAAUGACCUACUGGAAGCAGUACAUCAUCCUAUUCGGUGGUUUCCAGGAUACCUCGAACCAGACAAAGUAUUUGUCCGAUCUAUGGAUCUUCGAUACCGUCAACUAUGUGUGGCACUCUCCUCAGCUUCCUCCUGCCCAGCUCAAGCCAGAUGCUCGCUCAUCUUUUACUCUACUACCCCAUGAGGGAGGUGCUGUUCUCUAUGGAGGCUACUCCCGUGUGAAGGCGACUGUGAAUGUCAAGCAAAAAGGAAACAAGGGACCCAGCCAAGCUCAGCGAAACGUUCUGACUCCCAAGGUUCAUGAGGAUUGUUUCUUCCUCAGAAUCACACAGCCUACUACUGAUGCCAGUCCCAAUACUCCUCCCGUCGUACGCUGGGAAAAGCGAAAGAAGCCAGCGAAUGCUCCUAAUCCUACACGUGCUGGUGCGACGAUGGCAUGGCACAAGGGUCGUGGUAUCCUUUUCGGAGGAGUGCACGACGUCGAAGCUAGUGAGGAGGGCAUGGACAGUGAGUUUUUCAACCAGCUGUUUGCUUGGAAUAUCGAGCGAAACAGAUUCAUGCCAUUGGGUCUACGAAAACCUCGCCAGCAGAAGAAAUCCGCUGUUGAGCCACGAGGCGGACGCCGUGGGCGUGCUCAAGCCAAUGAGGAUGAACUGCUCAGGCAGCUUGCAGCUUUGGAAACCGGUGCUUCUCUCGAUGAUGCUGAUGAUAUAGAACUUGCCAAGAAGGAAGAGGCACAGGAUGAUGACAAGCCAGCAAGGGAGAUGCCAGUGACCAUGGAGCCUCCGCAUAUGAGGUUCAACGCUCAACUAGCCAUCCAAGACGAUGUUCUCUACAUUUAUGGUGGUACAUUUGAAAAGGGCGAUCGAGAAUUCACCUUUGAUGAUUUAUAUGCCAUCGAUCUUGGAAAACUGGAUGGUUGUAAGGAAAUAUUUAGCCGGGCUGUUGACGACUGGAUUGAGUCUGAUGAUGAGGACGACGAAGAUGACGAUGAAGAAGACGAUGAGGAUGAAGAUGAGGACGACGAAGAAGAUUCAGCCCAGCAGCUGCACACAGCCAGCAAGCGGAAGAAGAAGCAGGACGAGGUUUCCGAGGUUUCAUCGGAGGCUUCCUCAGAGCCAUCCACGCCUUCUGAAGAGGACGAGACCGAGACUGCGGCCACGUCUGUAGACGACGGCCUUCCCCAUCCAAGACCAUUCGAGAGUCGACGCGAGUUCUUCGUACGCACAUCAAACGAGUGGCAAGAGAUCCUCAUGACGAGUCUCCGGUGGAAGAACAUCCAGCCCGAGACGCUUGCCAUCAAGGAGAUCAAGGCCAAGGCUUUUGAGCUCAGCGAGGAGAAGUGGUGGGAUUGCCGUGAGGAGAUUGUGGCGAUUGAGGAGGAGCAGGAAGCUGCUGGUAUUCAAGAGGUGGUCUCUUUGGCUGAGCGUGGUGAUGCUGCUGCUGGAGGUGCGAGAAGGAGGUAG